AUGGCCCCUAAUGCAGCAAAUAGGCAGAGAGUUUCAACGUCUAAUACUAAGGGUCACGAGAUAUCUUGGUCGCAGUUGUUUUACGAGACUGUGAAAGGUUCUCAUGAGUUUAAGAUAAACGGAUAUUCUCUAGCCAAGGGAAUGGGUGUCGGUAAAUACAAGACCAGUGGCAAAUUCACGAACCAAAACAGAAAAGGUCAAUGUCUUGGCAGUUCUAAAUCUCCGGUAACAUUUAAAGCAGGGAACUCAAUAUGGGGAUUUGCGCAGUAUAUGAAAAGGUCGGAGUUGGAGGCCUCAGAUUAUCUCAAGGAUGAUUGUUUUAUAAUUCAUUGUACAGUCGGAAUAGUGCAAACUCGUGUUGAAGAAAGGAAACAUUAUGUUACUCCUGUACCGGCAUCAGAUGUGGCUCAGAAUCUCAAGGGUUUGUUGCAAUCUGAAAUUGGUUCUGAUAUUACUUUUCAGGUUGGCAAUGAAGAAUUCAGAGCCCAUAAGUCAAUUCUUGCAGCUCGGUCUCCCGUAUUUAGAGCUCAUUUUUUUGGAUUAGUGGGUAAUCCAGACAAGGAAGCGGUAGUCAUUGAAGAGUUUAAACCUUUUGUCUUCAAGGCCAUGUUGUUAUUUUUGUACUCAGAUGAACUUCCUGAAACACAUGAACUUUCUGACUCAGAUUCUCCUUGCACUUCAACUACUAUCAUGCAACAUAUGUUAGCUGCAGCAAAUCACUAUAAUCUUGCUCGAUUGAAACUCAUGUGUGAGGCAAAAUUAUGUGAAGGUAUAACUGCAGGUACUGUGGCAGAUACACUGGCAUUAGCAGAACGACACCAAUGCCUGCAACUAAAAACUGUCUGUCUAAAGUUUGCAGCUAAACCCGAAAAUAUAGGAGAGGUUAUCAAGUCUGAUGGGUAUGCUUAUUUGGAGAAGUGGUCUCCUUCACUACUGACAGAUCUGUUGAUGACUAAUGCAGUGGUAGAUAAAAAGAAAUGA